AUGGCUCGUCCACAAGACCCUCCACGCGGUUUCUUCCCCUUCGGAAACCCGUUCAAGAAUCUAUCUUCGAAGAAUCCGGUAUUAUCCUCGAAACUUCUCUCCCUGUUGAACAAUUUCGAGGGGAACUUAGCAACUUCAAUUAGUAAGCUUGUACCAAAGGAAAAGAGUGAAAUCCUGACUGUUUCAUGGAUGAAACAAGCAAUGGAAUCUCUUUGUCAAACACAUAAUGGUAUCAAGACCCUUAUAACUGAUUUAGGGCUUCCGGUAUCAGAUUGGGAGGAUAAAUGGGUUGAUGUCUAUCUUGACAUAAGCGUGAAGCUUCUUGAUCUCUGCAAUGCCUUUAGCUCGGAGUUAUCCCGUCUCAACCAAGGUCAUCUCUUACUUCAGUUUGCUUUGCAUAACUUGGAGACAAACUCUCCUCAGAAUCUGUCGAAAGCUCAAUCAUCUCUAGACAGCUGGAAGCAACACAUUGCUUCCAAGAACCCGAGAAUCGAGAAUUGCCGUGCGAUCUUGAGCAGCCUUGUCCAAACCUUGAAUCUUCCCAAGGUGAAAAACUCGGCCGAAGGAAAAGUUCUGAUGCGAGCUCUAUACGGUGUAAAGGUCAAGACUUUAUACAUUUCCGGUGUUUUUGCUGCAGCGUUCUCAGGUUCAUCGCAGAAUCUGUUUUACCUCCCCGUCGCAAACGAGCUUCCAUGGGCACAAUCCUUCAUGGAAAUGCAGAACACCAUAAACGCAGAAAUCAAAUACAUAUUUUUAUCAGACGGGUUAACAGUUCUGAAAGAGCUAGAGGCAGUUGAUUCUGGUGUUAAGAAACUUUACCCUGCGAUCCAGCAAGGAUCAGUAGAUCCGUUAUCGCUGCAGCCAUUGAAGGAUUCGGUAACAGAACUAUCGAAUGGGCUAGAUCUUGUUUCGAAAGAAGUAGAUUGUUUCUUCAAGAUUUUGUUAUCAGGACGAGACACAUUACUGGAGAACCUCAGGUCGAUCGGGGCAUCAACGGUACUGACAACAUCACCAAAAAAGUCUCCCGGAAAAAAUCACAAAGGAUUCUGA